AGGUGUCUGCACAGCUGCGAAGGGGCCGUCGCGCCCGGGUCCCCCCUCCCGGCUCCUCCCGGGUUGCCAGCCCUUCCCCUCCUCCUCCUCCUCCUCCCGCCGCCCCAGGUGGGGAAGCUGCCUUGCGCAAGGAAGCACUUCUGAGCCCGGGAGACCUGCCCUGUCUCUGGCUCUUCAGCCAUGAAGAUCGCGCCCCCCUUAGCGGGAAGGCAAGUACCCCGGUGAGAGCAGCGAGGUAAGAGGGGCUUCUUUCCCUUCCGCGGUUGCUACUUCGCGAACCCCAUUCCACAGGGAAGUGGGGAGCAGAAUUUGAACGCUGCCCUGCUUUGUCAACCCGUGUGUUCCUCCACCUCCUUCUGGACACCCCAUAAUUCCACCCCCACCCCCGGGCUUGUUGGCAUAUGAUCACAUUGAUAUUCUUAUUUUUUUUAAAUAUUUCCAUGGGCUACUUGCCGUUUCACAGUGGGUUCCAGUUUGGGCCAGAAUGCACCACAUUUCGAUUUGCCUACUUUGCUUUCCCGCUAUAUACCCUCCAGUUAACUUUUUCUGGGGUUAUCGCAUUCGAUCUGAACAGUUUCUCUGGCCUGUUCUGAAUUUCUGAACGUGACGCUAUUUGUUUGGGGUUGACUUGGUCCGACAGGUUUGUGGAUAUCUAGAUGUUAAAAUCUCUGGCUUGCCUCCAACUGAAGGAACUUAAAUUAGUCAUGCCCGUUAACUUCAAUGGGUCUACCCUGAGUAGGGCUAGUAUUGCAUGCAACCCAAAGUGUGCUCCUCCCCUUUUAAAUGAAGGAUUAGGGAUUGAGGAAUGUUCUAUCUCCAUGGGUGUAGCCAGGAUUUUUGAGGGGGGGUGUCAGGCCUUUUGUUGGGGGGGCAGAACCUCCGUUAGCUAUGUAUUUUUAUGUAUUCUUAUUGAUUUAGGGAAGCAGCUGCCCCCACCCCCCAUGUAUAUCUCAUUGUUAAUAUCCUGUAAUUCUUUACUAGAAAGAUUGCUCCAGACUGUUUCUCAACAUCCUGCUAUAAUAAAUUACUCCCUUGCCACAUCCCAUGUGUUUUGAAUUAACAAAUUACAAUUUUUCUGAAUUAAUUAAUUCACUGCCUUCUCCUAACUGAGUAAGAUAAUACAGGGCAGUUUGAGCAAUACCCUUGGGUGAGCUUCCACCUUUGGUGGUGGGGUUGUGGUGAACUGAGAGCAGGUGGGGGGCACAGUUGUCUGAGACGGCUUGCCAUUUCAAUUCCCCACAAUGCCCUGGAGCAAUGCUACCUUGUGGGCAUUGUGGGAAAUUUAAAUGGUGGCUCGACCCAGGCCCCACUGGCAUGGUACAUUUGAAACAGCCUCAUACCACUUUAAGCAGUCCCUGCUUCUCCAAAGGCACCCUGGGAAAUAUAGCUUUUGUUAAGGGUGCUGAGAGUUGUUAGAGACCCUUAUUCCCUUCACAGAUCUGCAAUUCUGAGAGUGGUUUAAUUAUCAAUCCCUCUUUAUGGGAAACUCUAGAUAUUGUAGCUCUCUGAGGGGGAAUAGGGGUCUCCUAGCCACCCUCAGCACCUUUAACAGACUGCAACUCCCACGGUGUUUGGGGGGAAGAGUUGACUGUUUAAAGUGGUAUGAUACUGCAGAUGGGGCCUCAAAACUGCCUGGGCAGUGGGUCAGACUUUUUUUUAACGUGAGAGGGCCAAGACAUGUAUCAGCGGUGAGUCUUAAUGGGGUGUGAGGCCGAAACAGCUGCCCAAGGAAUUGGGUGCCAGUGCUGGCUCCGACUGGGAAGACCAGGUUUCAACUCCCCACUCGGCCACGAUGUUGACUUGUGCCAGUCCACUUCUCACAGCCCUAGUAUACCUCAUUGCGGUGGUUGUUGUAAGAAUGGAAGCUCUGUGCACUGGAAGAUGGGUACGAUACAAACAGGAUGAGCAGGAAAUGUCAGUCCCUGAUGGGGAUUCGAAUACCCCAAUUUAGCCGUAAACAUGUAUUGCAAGGGUGUGUGUGUGUGUGUGUGUGUGUGUGUGUGUGAAUUUGAGCUUUUUGCUCCUCUGGAACCAACUCUGGUCAUAUGGCCAGCAACGCUGAGUAGGGGACCUGCAUAAUAACUACAGUCAUACCUCGGAAGUUGAAUGGAGUCUGUUCCGGAAGUCUGUUUGACUUCCGAAACGUUCAGAAACCAAAGCAUGGCUUCUGAUUGGCCGCAGGAAGCUCCUGCAGCUAAUCAGAAGCUGCGGAUGCCCCGUCGGACAUUCGGCUUCCAAAAGAAUGUUAGAAAACAGGAACACUCACUUCCAGUUUUCAGUCAUUCGGGAGCUGGAAUAUUUGACUCCCAAGGCAUUUGGGAGCUGAGGUGAGACCGUAUUUUCAUUUGGAAAACUGAUGGAUAUACACAGAGAGAUCUCAUUGUUGCCUAUUCAGGGUAUUAGGCCAGGGAUCUCUGAAUCAGGGAAGACAAGCUGACACAGUCACCGCCCUGACUCCUAUCAGCCUAGAACACCCCAAACCAAAGGAGGUACUGGGCACUUCUGCAUUGAUGGGAGGAGGACUUAUAAGGGAUGGUGAACUCAUGGUCCUCAAUUAGUUAUUGGGACUAAGAACAAAAAGAUCUUUGUCUUUCAACCAGUCUCGGACAGGACAGUCCUUCAAACAGGAUGCUUUCAGAAGAGAACAGGGAUGUGAAACCUCAAGCCUGGGGGCUGCAUGUGUCCCUCUAGGUCUUUCUGCCUGGUCUUUGGGACUCUCUCCUUGCCACUUCUCCACCGGCUGUGCUUCACACCCUAUAGGGGUUUUGCCUGGCUGGAAUGUGUCUUUGAGCUCUGUAAUGCUUCUUUGCUAGCCUGGAUGGAGGAUAGCGAGGGGUGUGUAGAAAUUAGCCUGCUGUGCAAAGGUAAAAUGAACUUUGGUUGCUCUGGCCCCCAGAAGGUCAUGCAGAUGGGCAUGUGGUCCUCACCCAGAAAAAAAGGUUCCUUACACCUGAAACAGAGGACUGUCAUCUUGAAAGCCCUUCAAAUAGAAGAUGGUGUCUUCUUUAAAGUAGGACACAUGCCCCCCACACCUGCCUAGCACCUUCUUCUGGGUGUUCCCAUGGGUGAACAUCAUCUAUAGGAAAGUGCCUGCAGAAAGUUACUUUGAUAACAUUGUUCCUGGUAUUGCAGAUUCCCUUGGGGGAUUAGAAUUCCUGAACUGUAUGAUGCUCCCUCUUGGGUUCUAGACUGAACUCUCAUUUCUAACAAGGGACAUUUCUGGAGGGGUUAGAAAACAGUCUUUUGUGCUUGCGGCUGGGACAUUGGUGCGCUGCUGGGAAAUUGAACUUAUCUUUGAUGUCCUUGUUUGGAAAGUGACUCAUCGGAGUGAAGUAAAGGUGAACCAAAAAAUUGGAACACAUUUCUGCAGAGCUGCCAGAAAAUGAAAUAAAAGUGCAGCACAUUACUGCCCAGUCCUUUUAAACCCCACUCCCCACUCUAUAAUACACAAUAAUCACAUGUAAUUUUACAGUUAGCUCAUACUUCAUAUAGCCAUAAUUACAGGUUCAUUUGUUUCAUAUUGAUUGCUGUGCAAUGAAGAUGGUAACCAUUUUUUCCCCACUGAUUGGAUCUUUCCUUCUCAUAGCUGCUAAUAUCUGUUUAUUAUAUUUUGUAUCUCUUAUUCUUCUUCACAAUCAUUAAGUGUGAAACUUUCCUCUUUUCCCACAGCUUUGCAAUUAAAAUGCAAGCAGUUAGUAGCAUUUGAGAGACCAGGGCAAAAGAACCUUGGCUAAUACCUGGAGUUCUGUAUUGCCAAUACCAUCGUUAAAGGGUCUAAAAGUAGAUGGGUGUCUACUAUUUCUCCAAUUUCUUGCUUAAUUUCCAUCCAGAAGUCUUUGAUCACCUCACAGUACUUUUGGCAGCUUUGCAUCUCCAACAGUGGUCAGACGUUGUUGUCGUGCAAACCAGUUCUAUAUGUCUUAAGUCAAGAGAGCUUACUGUUGACAUCUCUCUUACAAGAGGCUGCGUCCUCCUGUAGGGCCAAGUCUUCUCUAUGUAGCAUCAGUCCACCAUUAUUUCCCUACACCAGCUGAGAGAUCCACAUGCGUACAUGCUCCCCUGCCCCCAGGCAGCUGGGAAUGCUGCCUAAGUGUUCAGCAUUUUUAGUGUUCAGUGGGUGAAGGCUGGAGAGACCAGGAUUCAGAUUCCGACUCGGUCCUGAUGCUCCCUGGGUGACCUUGGGCUAGUCACACUUUCUCAGCUCAACCUACCUGUGGAAAUAAUACGGGGGACCCAUAUGUGCCACCCGUUGUUUCUCGGAGGAGAAGUAGAGUCAGCGUGUGUGAUGGUGAUACUCUGAUCACUACUUUCUUUUCUUUUUUUCUUUUUCAAAUUGAUAUUUUAUUGAAUUUUUUUUUUAGGUAUAAAGCAAUAAAGUGAUACAAAAUGAAAAAAGAACAAAACACACAACUGUGUAAAGGGGAAAAAAACCAUUAUACAAAUACAGUCUUACCUUGGUUCGCGAAUGCCUUGCGACUUGAACGUUUUGGCUCCCGAACAUCACAAACCUGGAAGUGAGUGUUCCGGUUUGCGAAUGUUUUUUGGAAGGCAAACAUCUGAUGCAGCUUCCGAUUGAGUGCAGGAAGCUCCUGCAGCCAAUCAGAAGCUGUGCCUUGGUUUUCAAACAAUUUCGGAAGUUGAAUGGACUUCUGGAAUGGAUUCUGUUCGAGAACCAAGGUACGACUGUAUAUACCAAAAUACCCUAACCCAUACAUUCUUUUAUAAACUUGGUAUUGUUAUCCUAAUACUAAUGUAAAUAUUAAAAGCCUGCUACAUUUUGUAUGAAUUCAUUCCAAAAACUGUAUUUAUCGAAGUGGAGUCUACGUCUGUAAGCAGCCCGUUCGUAGGUUGCAAGUGUUAUCAUAUUAUCAAACCACCGAUUAAGGGAGAUCAGGUCUUUAUUCUUCCAGUUCAUCAACAUCAGUUUCUUGGCUACCUUUAGAGCACGUAAAAUCCAUUUUUGUUGUCUUGUUGUUAACUUCCAUGUAGUGGGUAUAUGGCUCUGAACUACCACUACAUUCUUUGCAUGCUCAAUGGAAAGGUUGGCGGUGCUGUGGCUCCAGGAUUUCGGGGGCCCUUGGUCUUGGCACCCACAGCACAGCCUUGCAACCUGUAAGAGCUGGAACAUGCAAACUUGAGAAUCUGCUUGGGUAUAUCUGAUGUUCUUGACUACUCUGUGCAAACUAUGGCAGCCCUGUUAGGUCAGCAGGCUCUCUGUUGAUCUCAGGGUCCUGGCAGGUGCCUAGCUUUGCCUUCUCGACUCAGCCCUGGCAGAUGGGUUCAAGGUUUCUUGAGGCUUAUAUUCAUCUUUUGUUGUCUACAGGGCUUCCAGACUCCCCCCAUCCCCCUAAAAAAGGCCUCCUCUCCUGGAGGACCUGGAUUUCGGAAAGGAGGAUCCAGCAGGUUUGAUGAUUAACCAGUUCUGAAAUGGCUGAAAAAGAUGGUGAGUUGCAAUUUUUUUUGAAGGCCCUAGAACCUCCCAUGCCUUUUUCCAUUUAACUCCAGGCUUUCCUCCCCAGCACCCCCACCCCUCAGCCAGCCAGAGCAGGACUUAAACAUUAACAUUUCUGGCUGAUUCCUGCUGCCCUGGGAAAGGCAGUGAGGUCAUGUGCCCAUUAAGUGACCUCUUGGCACCCUCUCUCUAGGUUUUUGUUCCGUUCGGAGGUGGGCAAAUUCCACAGGGUGAGUUGUGUUAGGUUUGCUGCAGGUGACUCUAUGCUGCAGCAAAGAGUGUUUGUUGUUCUUGUUCAUAAGUGACGCCUGUGAGCCUCUAUAGAGUCCUUAGAGCAGAGAUUUAUCCAGCUCUGAUUUACUCGCCCCUGUCCUUGCCUUGGCUUCCACCAGUGACAGUAUAUAAGACUCAUACCUUUCUAUGUAUUAAGCCAGACAGACUGUUGAGCAGUAGCGACCUUUUUCAUCCAUACUGAAGGCUCCUUGGAUUCCCAGAGCCUGAUUUUCUGACAAAGGUCUUUUUAGUGGUGGCACCUGUUUUAAGAGGGUGGAGCUACCUCAGGUGUGUUUUUACACACUGGCCAGUGAAAAUGUCUCUCUUUAUCAAGGCUUUAGAAAACCAACUCCAUAUCUGUGUUGUUGCUGUUAGUUUAAUGGCUUUGCCACCUUUGCUGUAAAUUUUAAUUGGUGUUGUGAGUGAUCAUCGUGGUGGGUAGCUGAGUGAAAAUGUAUUAUUAUUAUUAUUAUUUAAAUUUGUAUACUGCCCUAUGUAGUCCAGCAAUGUCUGGAGAGUCACCUGUUUGCCAGACCCACUGGAAAGAAGCCACUACAGCAGCGGCGAGGAACCUUCAGUCCUUGAGCCUAAUAAGGCUGCCCAGGCCACCCCAUUUGGCCUGCAAGGACUUUUGGACAAUGCUCCACCCAGGGCCGUCUUAAGCAUAUCUGGCACCAUGGUGCAAAGAUCCCUCCGCACGCCCCGCCCCCCAUUUCCCAGAGUUGUCAACCUUUUCCCACGCCUCUGUGGGGAUCGCUCUCCUCCCGCGGAGGCUUGGGAAGGAAGCUGCACGCCCGCCAGCCAUAUGGUUGAUGAGGCACAGCUGGUGGGCGUACAGGGAAAGGGGAGGCUGCCAGCAAAGCUGUGCAGUUCCCCACUCGCUGGAGCACCCCUGAGAGGCUGGCACCCUGGCACAAUGCGCCACUAAGCCCAAUGGGAAAGACGGCUCUGGCUCCACCCACCUCCACUACACCUGACACUACUUACGAUGUCAGAUGUGAUGAAGGUAAAGACAUGGCUCAGCCAAAAGGGGAUUUGGGGCACCGCCAAUCAGCUCUGAAGAGCAUUUUGCAAGGGGUUUCGCAAGAACUGACAAUCAGAGCAUAGUCUGCAAGGACUGCCCAGUGGUGUCUGGUGGAGAACUUUGCGAUGGCAAGCAAUUAUCCAGAGCCCUUUGCAAAGCCUCUACAAGACCGAACAACCAGCUGAUUGUAAGGUCUUGCAGAGUGCAUUUGAAAGCUUUUGCCCCCAUCGUUUGAUUUCAAACCAGAUGGGCAGAAAAGGAUCUCCCUACAUCAUUGCGAUGUCAGGUGAUUGAUAAAUUUGGCCCUGCAUGUGAGGAGAUGCGUCCCGCAAAAACAGAUCCAAUUCCCAACUCCUGCAACCCCACUACUUUUCUUCUUAGUCUGGGGGCAAAGCAGAGAGGCACAUGAGUAGUGGUCUCCCAUUGAGCCAGGUGAUAAUGAAAACCUGAUUUCUAUUUCAUUUGAAGCUGAAAUGAUUACCUGCAUGUGAAGCUCAUUGAUUUCAGUUCUAACAGCUUGCCUAAGCUGAAGUCAAAGUGAUUUUGACCACAUCCUGCUGCUGCAGUUUUGCAGUCCUCCCUAAAUUACAGGCAGGUGCCAGUUUGCAUAACUUCAGGAGAGGUGUUAAGGUUAUAGCUAACUAGCUAGCAGGAAUGCAUGCACAAUAAGGACCUAAGAAUGUUUCCCUGGUUGUCCAGCCAAUUCCUGCUUCUAGAGCAAUUAAUAGCAGCUCCAGGGUAUGGUACUUGAAAAUACCAAAGGGUGUGCCUCCUCUUUCCCUAUUUGCUGCUCUGAUGCAGCAGGAAACAGAAAAAAUAUAGCUGCAAGCCAUCUCGUACCUCGGCUCUUUCCAAGUGGUAUGUAGGUCCCGGGCAGUGGUACUGCCAGAUAAUGGGAGAGGCUCCUGGCUCUGUUUCCUAACCAGUGAAAAAGAGGUGGGGGCAAGGGCCUCCAGUUAUUACAGUGCCCCAUGCGCUUGUUGAGAAUUGCUACUGCAGGUGUGCCUUUAAGGUGCAAUCUGUUGCAAAACACAUCCGGCUGGGAACAAAACUUCUUUCAAGCACAUGGAGUUUCACUCUUGUUAAGUUUGCCUGCCAGCGAGUGAUGCAUCUGUGGUUUUGUGGUUGCCUUUCUGCUGUCUAACCAUCUCUCUCUGCCUUCCAGGGGGCCUGAAACGACGCAACUGGACUUCGCCUAAGGUGGUGGCUGUAGUAGCCAGCGGCUUCCUUCUCUUGGCUGCGAUCGGAGUUGGGAGCUGGGCUAUAGGUGAGAGUCUCUGCAGGGCUGGAAGAGGCUGUUCACAAGACACGGUGCACAUUAAAAACCAGUGAUCCCAGUUGCAGGGUGUGUGUGCCUUUUAUAUGUAUGUUUCUGUGUGCAAGGAAAGGGCACUCUAUCCAACUCUAUCCAGCCCAGGAGGCCUUUCAGUAGUUGCCCCAAAACUCUUCCCAUAAAAGAUUCCAUCUCUUUUCAAGCACGCUGUAGGAAACAGCUGUAAUUUUAACACCAAAUGCUACACCAAACAGGGUAAGAACAAAUCCAGGAGUAGGAAUCACAUACAGCUGAAAACCACUGGUAAAAAAACAGGGCAAAUGUAUCAGAUUCAAUGCCAGGCUAUUUCUGGAGAAAUGGCAAACCCUAUAGUGUAAGGCUGGUGCUGGAGGAGACGCUUGAGAGUCCCAUGGACUGCAAAAAGAUCAAACCUCUCCAUUCUUAAGGAAAUCAGCCUUGAGUGCUCACUGGAAGGACAGAUCCUGAAGCUGAGGCUCCAAUACUUUGGCCACCUCAUGAGAAGAGAAGACUCCCUGGAAAAGACCCUGAUGUUGGGAAAGAUGGAGAGCACAAGGAGAAGGGGACGACAGAGGACAAGAUGGUUGGAUAGUGUUCUUGAAGCUACCAGCAUGAGUUUGACCAAACUGCGGGAGGCAGUGGAAGACAGGAGUGCCUGGCGUGCUCUGGUCCAUGGGGUCACGAAGAGUCCGACACGACUAAACGACUAAACAACAACAACAUAGUGUAAGGGAGUUUCUGAGCGGGCAGCAGUAUCCCAGUGGUAUGAAUUCCUGUAGAGAUGGCUCUGCUGGAGCGCUCCCAAAGCCAUUGAGGAGGCAAAGUCAGCUUUGAGUUUGGAACCUGAUAGUACUACACCUAAGGAACCCACAGCAGGACCUGCAAGCAUGGUGAAGACUAUGGCACACCAUAUCUGAGCUUCAGACAGAAAGCUGAUACUUGUUGACUUCUCCACCACAUGGUAAUGGACUAUGUAAAAGGACCAAGCCGUUCUUCCACAGUCUUACUGGAAAGUAUCCAGAUGAACUGAAUUUGUUGUGGAUGAUGUUCAAGACAUUGCUGCCUACUGCCAUGUGAAAUGCAGGCCAACGUCCCAGUGCUACAAGAAAAACCAAAAGGUGCAUGGAUUCUCUGAAGCAAACAAGCAGAAGCUGGAAGGAGCCCUACAGUAACCACAGAUUUCUACGUCAUAAAGUGCUGAUGGUUAAAUGAUAGCCUUUUCUGCAUAAUGAACUGAUCAAGUUAGAAUAAGUGCCCCGAUGAGCUUUUGUCACUCUGUCCUGUAAAUGAGAAGAAUAAAAAUGUAUAAAAUGGCAAAAGGGGGGGGGGGAGGAAGGAAGGAAGAAAGAAGAUGAAUCUACCGAGCCUAGCAUUGCCUCCUAUCUAGGGUUGCCAUAUUUCAAAAAGUGAAAAUCUGGACAGAAAAUUUGUUUAUGGAACAUUUAUAUUUUUAAGGGAAAUUACCACAACCAACAUUCCUAACAUGGGUUGCCAUAUGUCUGGAUUUUCCCGGACAUUGAAACAGCUUUCGUCUGGACACUAUUUCUGACAACCGAUUGCCGGCUAUGUCUGGGAAAUUUUGGACAAAUGUGGCAACCCUACUCCUAUCUUAAGAUGAAUCACCCCUUCAAUCUCAGGGGUGGGCAACCUACGACCUUAGGGCCACUUAUGGCCCACAGCCUAACUUCAUGUGAAUACAAGGAGGGGGGUGGGAAAGGGAGUGGCUAAGAGAGAGAAAAUGGGGUACCCUUUGCACUUUUGACUCUAGCCCCACCCACUACUGCCACGGGGACCCAAACUGAUUACCCCCAAGAGAAUGAGACCCUUCACAAAAAAAUAAAAAUGUUUCCCACCUCUACUCUAACUUCACCCUCCUGUUUCUCCUUUGCAGUGGUUUCUGUGCUCAGAAGUGAAGGUGAAAGCCUGUAUGUUGGUGAGUGUUUGCAAGAGAGCUGUGGCCUCUCUUUUUACAUACGGCAUCAUGUCAUAGGGUCCAGUUUACUGGUCUUCUCUAAAUUCCUGAUCAUAUUAAUUACUUACACAAUGCUUUCCCCGUGUUCGGUUUGCCUUUUCUCAGCCACCCCCAACAGCAACCCUGUAGGGCAGGCUAGUAUUACUGUAUUUUUUGCUCUAUAAGACUCACUUUUUCCCUCCUAAAAAGUAUGGGGAAAUGUGUGUGCGUCUUAUGGAGCGAAUGCAGGCUGCGCAGCUAUCCCAGAAGCCAGAACAGCAAGAGGGAUCGCUGCUUUCGCUGCGCAGCGAUCCCUCUUGCUGUUCUGGCUUCUGGGAUUCAGAAUAUUUUUUUCUUGUUUUCCUCCUCCAAAAACUAGGUGCGUCUUAUGGUCUGGUGUGUCUUAUAGAGCGAAAAAUACGGUAUAUUUCUUUCCUGCACCUUGAAGGCCUAAUUUUUCAGCAGAGGUUUGAUGGGAACAGUGCACAGGCCACAUUCACAUCAUGACUUUAAAGUGUUACACUAUCUCUUUAAACAGUCAUGGCUUCCCCCAAAGAAUUCUGGGAACUUUAGUUUGUUAAAGGUGCUGAGCGUUGUUGGGAGAGACCCCUGUUCCUUUCACAGGGCUGCAGUUUCCAGAGUGGUUUAGCAAUAAAUUUCUCUUCACGGGGAACUCUGGUAUGGAAAUAGGGGUCUACUAACAGCUUGCAGCACCCCUAGCAAACUUCCUCCUCCCAUAAUCCUCUGGGAGAAGCCAUGAUGGUUUAAAAUGGUAUCAUAGCCCUUUAGGCACGAAUGGGGCCAAAGUUAAAAUCAGGCAAUUCACUCCCACAAGUGAUGCCUACCAAUUUGGGUGGUUUUGAAAGGGGUUUAGACAAACUCAUUGAGGAUAUGCUAUCAAUGGCAGCAGGCCUCUGAAAACAGCAGUGGGAGAGAGAUGUUGUCUUUCCGCCUGGCUUGCGGACUUCUGGAAGGCACCUGAUUGGCCUCAAUAGGGAAAAGGAUACUGGGCUAGCUAAGACCUUUGGUCUGAUCCAACAGGGCUCCUCCUAUGUUCAGUCCUGAGGUAAAUGUGGGGAAUUUUGUGAGAAUCCAUUCAACUGAAUCAUCCCCAAAUCCUGGUGCCAUGGCGCACCAAAUUAAACAUUCAUUCAAGAUGGAUAAUUUAGGCCAUCUGCUGUCAGCUGAAGCAUGAAAUCUAGGCCUGAACUUACUGUAAACAUGCCUAUAUAGUUGCUCAUCAUGCCAGGUAGACGUCAUUGCACAACAGGAGUAUUUGGGGGAGCUCUCAGAAGCCGAGCUAGGAAAUUUAGGGGUGAAGUCAAUACUAGUCCUUGCCCAUUGAAACUGAUGUGCACAACUAACUUGGAGUCAUUUAUCUCUGUGGGUCUGCUGUGAGGAGAAACUAGCUGUUAAUUAACGUGUCAUAUUUCUAAUUUGGCUGCGCCAUGGUGCCUCAUGCAAGAGGGAGAUGUCACCAUGAAUUAGGAAAGGAUCGGUCAGUGUUGGGCUGUGGCAAAGGUGGGGUGAAGUGUGGGCAUAUCCUGCUAAGAUCUCACACCUUUGUUUGGUCAACGCAGUCCAGGUGAGCUCCGGCGACCUGCGCCUCACUGUGUACGAUGAGAAUGAAGGGAGGUGGAGGCUGCUCUGUUCGUCGUCCUCCGAUGCCCAAGUGGCCACCCUCAGUUGCGAGGAGAUGGGAUUUGUCAGGUACUUCGAGAGAACGGUAAUGGCUGAGGUGACUAAGGGGGAGAGAAGCAUCAGCAGAGGAGGCCUUUUGGAGCAGAAGUUUAGAUGAGGGAGCCUCGUCAGCCCACCUUGUCACAUAAGAGGGAGAAAACCUGCACCAGUUGAGAUGCUUUCUUCUACGUAGUACACAGGACCGCCCACCCCCUCUGCUUUUUAACUUGGCCGUCAUAAUUUUAUUCAUUUCAGAAAUAAUUUACACUGCUUUAUUGUAAUGAAGCCUCAAUAAAGAAUAAAACCACCAGUAAAAAACAAUUAUUUAAAACCUUAAAAAAACAAGUAAAUGAUAAGUUAAAAACCUGAUUAAGACGUAUGCCAGCAUUCAACAUAACCGAUGCCCACAUGGGUCUGUAGCCCUUUCCAGGCAUUAACUGCAUGUAGGGCUUUUCACCUGUGGAAAGGGAAGUAGGGCUGUACCAUCGACUGCAUCCCAGCACUGCAACCCCUGCCAGCUCUGCGCUUAGCUCAGGAGUCUGAGAGCUUCCCUUUGCGGAUGGACACACUGAUCACAUAGACACUGAGGACAGAUCCCCCUGUUUCUGCACAUGAGAACUGUGGCUACAUUCAGUGUGUGAGAAGGGCUUUGGAGCCACUGGCCACUGGUAGAACUUGUGUGAGAGGUGAGACCAGUUGAGAGAUGUAGGUAGGAAUGGUCCGGUCUAAGGAGCCUUGAAAAAUGGAUGGGAUUGGACAUGCUUCCUCCCCAAACUGUUGGGCUGAACCAAAUGGUCAUGUCUGAGUCUUGUUUUGCUCACCCCAAAGAGUGGAUGGUGUUCAGGGCAUGAUCAAAGCAACCUGCAGGAUGCCCUUCCCCUGAGCCAGAGAAGGGAGGCUCAGUGCCAGAGCACCUGCUUUCGGUGCAGAAGGCGGCAGGAUGAAUCCCUGGCAUAUUUAGCUUGAAAGUAGCCAGUAUUGAGCAGCCGUAUUCUGCUCUAUAAAGCUUUAGCAUUGGAGGGGGUUGGACUAGAUGACUCCUUGGGGGUGGCUUCCAACUCUAUGGAAGCCAUGGGGGGAGAGGGUGGUAAGCUGGUGCUUUCUAGAUAUUGUUGGACACCAGUUCCCAUCAGCCCCAGCUUGCAUGGCCAGUGGCCAAGGAUGAUGGGAGUUGGAGUUCAACAACACGUGGAGAACAUCAAGAGGUAUUGGAGAACAGGGCUGAGAGAGUCUUCUGCCCAGGUGGGUGACUCAAUCUAGAGUCAGGGCAAUGCUUCCUGUAGUGGUCACAUGGGUGAUCCUGGCCACUCAGGGGCCCUUCUAAGGCAAGCAUAGUCAAACUCGGCCCUCCAGAUGUUUUGGGACUACAACUCCCAUCAUCCCUCGCUAACAGGACCAGCGGUCAGGGAUGAUGGGAGUUGUAGUCCCAAAACAUCUGGAAGGCCAAGUUUGCCUAUGCCUGUUCUAAGGCAACCUCUUUUAUUGCCCUUUAAAAACAAUCCUUGAAAAUGCACUAAGAGCGCGGGGGAGAUCUCUCUCGGUUCUGGUGCUGGGAUGUAGGCAUGGUUGUUGCAUUGAUACUGACCCCCUCUGUGUUUGCCUGCCCUUUAGGUCUCUCUCCCAUUCAGUUCUGGCUGCUGACAGAGCAGGGGCCAAUGGGACGUCGGGCUAUUUCUGCGUGGACGAGUCCCGCCUACCUUUUGCGCGAAGGCUGAGCGAGGCCAUUGUGGUGUGGUAAAGUACAAGAUGGACUAGGGUGGGAGUUGAAAUCCAGAAAUGUCUGGAAGGCCACAGAAUCAAAGCCGAAAACCCUGAUGGUGGCUGAGAAGCACUAGGCUAGGUUUCCACAGUACCCCUGACCUUUUGUCGAACUGGGGAGGGGGGGGGAUUUAAACACAUUGCAGAGUUCCCAAAAAAUAGAUCAUCCAUCAGAGCUUUACUGCUAUUGAAGGCAGAUGAGCAUAAUGGUCAGAAAUCCAAUACAUUCAGAAUUGGCACAGUCCAUAAGAAAUCCAGUUGCAGCACUUACAAAAACUUGUAAACUUAUAACAAGACUAAAACUUAACACUAAGCAUACUAUGUACAGAACACCACACCAGAAGGAAGAGAGAUAGAAAGAGAAAGUAAGUAAGCCCCAGGCCCCUUCUGGCCUAUAUUUAUAGUCAGCAUGACCUUAACAGAAAGAGAUAAGAGAACCAGUUUAAGCCAGCUGUACUCAGCUUCUCUGAAGGAAUAACCCAAAGACCAUGAACCUUCAUCUUGUUUCUUUCACAAAGAGAAGGUUCCAGAACCCUCUUGAAUGAAUUAGAACAGGAAAGAUCUCUACACAUCAGAUCAAUGCUUUCUGCACUAAGAAAUGCAAACUGACACCUUUGACCCUUCUGGGUGGGGCUGAUGGGAGGCCAACAGUUCCCUCUGCCCUGACCUAGGCCUUGUAGGAUGACCUAGACUUGGACCAGUUAGGGCAGGCGUGGGGACCCUUCCCAGAGCCAUUCUUGACUCACCAAGGGUUCCAUAUUUGCCUGCAAGACCGUUUUUGUGGAGCCAUGCCCCGCUGUCAACCAGGUGACAUCACCUUGAUGGGUGGGUUUGAUGGACGCAGGGGAUUGCAGCAGAAAUCAGGGUCGAAACCCUUCUGCUCCACCCAUCAGCGGAUGGGGAGUUCAAUCCUGCUUGGUCACUGUCUCCCCUCACUCGCCAACUUUGUCCCAUAUGGUGCAUCUCACAGACUUAAUCCCAACACUUGGUGACUGGAUUAUAUUCUGCCCCCUUUUGCUGCUCUCAGCUGCUAAAUACUUGCCCUAUUCCCCUAACAAUUGGUACUGGGACUGACCCAGGUGUGGGUGACAUUGAUGGCAGAUCACUUAAAGCACAUGGUUAAACUACAAUUCCCAGGAUUCUUUAGGGGGAAGUCAUGUACUUUAGAUGUGUCUUGGAUGAGCUGUAACUGUACUCGAGUGAGCACAGACAUACUAGGAAAAGCACAUCCAUCACCAGAAUGUUCACCCUUUGUCUGAAGCUUCAUCACCAUAUGCGUAUACCAAUAAACUGAAUGUUGGCUCAGCCUUACCCCAUCCUCUGCUGUUUGGGCAGCCUGCCUGUCUCUUUGUUCAUUUUAAAAAGCAUCUCAUGAAUGCUCAUGGGUGCAUGCAUUCAUCUGCUGCCUACAGCUGGCUUCUGCUGUAUACUUGCAGAAGCAUGAGUUAUUGGGGUUUUGCUUAGAGUUUGACCCUGGAGAGGAAUAGGUACCGUUGCAAUAAACCCAAUAAGGGCUUAAAGCAGGCUUCCUCAACCUCAGCCCUCCAGUUGUUUUGAGACUACAAUUCCCAUCAUCCCUGACCACUGGUCCUGCUAGCUAGGGAUCAUGUGAGUUGCAGGCCAAAAACAUCUGCCUGGCUUAAAGUCACUGUAAAUGUGUGACAUUGACAUGGCCAAGGUCAUUUCGUUCAUAAUGAUACUGGGGGCUGUGUGUAAGCUAGGCUUUUGAAAACAACACCUUCCCCACCCAGCUCUGCACUGGGAAAAGGCACUGUGUGAAUUAAAAUAAGUGAAAAUAUCCUUAAUGUGCCUAUUUUACAUCAUUCCCCUGCUAGCCACAGGGAACACAAGGGACUUUUAGGGCAACUAUAAAUCCUACUCAAUGUGAAUUCCAGCUUUCAAGUUAGCGAGAAACUGCACCAUUGCCUCCAGGUUUGUCAUAAGGCCUAGAAUCUUGGAAAUCAAAUGCAGGUGGAGAUGUUCAGGAACAUGAACUCCCCACCUGGCAGAAAGCUCAACUUGCAAGGAACCUGGAAUACACAUGUUCCUGAUGAAGGUUCGCUCUCCUUCCUUUCUGCAGCUGAGCCCUCUCCUCUUUCUCUUUCUCUCACAGCGAAUGCCCGACAGGCCGAUUCCUGGCAACGCUAUGCCAAGGUAUGGAAACCCCGAACCCUCCCAAGGGCACCGUCUUGAUCCACCUGCCUGCGUACAGGUCUCUCUCUCUCUCUCUGCCUGCUAUCUUGAAGUUCCUCUAACUCUUUCCCAAGUCUCCUUCUGUUGUUCAAAUGCCAUUAACAGCUUUUCAUUUUCUUCUUCUGACCUGCUCACACCUAAACACCCCUUGGGACAGUGGAGGCUGGUCUGUUAGGGCAAAUACAGUACGCACCACCAGCCUCAGCAAGCCCCCACCUGCCUGCCUUCUUAUUUCCAACCAAACCGGGAAGUCCAGAAGGUGGCCCUGACUGCCAGCGGCCAGCAUCCCCCUCCUCAGUCUCAUUGCUGCCCUUGUAGAAAUCAUCAGGGAGGACAGGGGCAAAACCACAACUGACAUUGGCUCUCUGGCUCCACCUACAGUUGGACUCCCUGCCUUCCACCCUACCAGCCCCAACAAGCACCAGCCAUCACUGCCUUUUUAGUUUACUGGCCUUGGUGCUAAUGCGAAUGUGAUCUCAUGAAAGCAGACAGAAACUUGCAUCAGAACGAGGAAAGAAAGGCAAGGUCAGCUCUAGCUUUGAGGAAGCCAUCUGUAGCAUGUCCUCUGGUGGGCUCCUCUGUUGCCAGCAGGUUUACCCAUUAGGAGUGGGUCAAUACCUGGCAGCAGCCAUUUAAAUUUCCCACAAUGCCCCUGACGGCUCUGAUGACCUUGUGUGAAAUGGAAAUCAUGAGUGCCAGUCAAUCGGUGUGUGCGUGAAAUUAAAGGGAGCUCAGGGCAGGUGGUGACACUCAGCCCAGCCAGGAACCCCAGUAACUGCCCCCCAAAAGCUGUGUGGUGAAGCUGGGACUGGAUAAAGGUUCUAGAAAUCUACGGACUCAUUAGUUGCCAGUAAAUGUUAGAAACCUACAUUGCCUCUUAUCGAGGAAUGGCUAAGGAAAUACUGUGUGAAGCUUAGGGAUGGCAGUCAACACCCUGAGAUGGCAGAGAAAACAUGGCCUCUGUUUAUUGGUCCACCCAAUAAACUUGGCCAUUUGGCAUUUCGUUUUUAAGCUUGCUUGCCUUUUGUGUGGUAACUCUGCCAAGCAGUGCUACAGUUCCCAAUGUUCCCUGAGAAGAGGGCUUGAUGGUUAAACUAUUCUGGGAGCUGUAGUUCUCUGAGGGGGAAUGCAGGUCUCCUAAUUACUCUUCGGCACCCUCAACAAACGACAGGGCCUAGAAUUCUCUGUGGGAAACCAUGACUUAGGACAGGGCGUGCCGCGGGGCUCAGCUGCCCUACAGCUGGGGGGGAGGCAGCGGGCGGACAGUGCGGAGCCUGCAGGCGCCUGAGAUGUGUGGCUUGGGCAUGCUGCAGGCCCCGCGGUGAGUGCUGCCUGCCAUUUUGCCACCUCCCUCAGGGUGACACCCAGGGUGGACUGCACCCCCGCACUCCCUAUGCCCCUGUGUGGCCCAUGGCACUCUCUUCAUGCAGUAGAAUGAGGUGGCAGGAUUCUGAGGCAGGGGUUUGCAUUGUACUAUUUCAGGCAGCAGGAGGUGGGUACCACUUAAGAAUGCUCCCUGAAAUAAAAGCUUGAGAUGGCAAGUUGGAAACAAAAACACAGGCCUAUCCCACCAGGGAGAAAACUUCUAACCCAGCUGCUCCCGGUUGUACUAGUUUUCUGCUUGUGGGGAUGUUGUGGUUUUUUAUGUGCUUAGCAUUAAAAAAAUGUUUCCUCCCCAAAAAACCCCCACAACACUUGAUGUGGUACAGGCCAUUUCCAGAUUACUCUGGUUUCUGCCACAGAUAUGUUGGCGUGUACCGAGGUAAGGGCAGGGAGGAGCUUGGUCCAAACAGGGUCUGCUCCCUUCACAUCGGCACAUGUGGAGAUGGCUGAAACACUUGAAUAAUAAGGAAAUGUCUCAUUUGUGGGCAGAAGAGCUGUGACUGGGGCAGGUCUGUGAAUUAUUUUGAUGGCAUGCAAGAGUUGUGUGAACCUUCCCUCUAGCAUACAGGCGGUAGUGAUGACCACCAACUAGGAUUACGUUAAGAGAGGAUUAGAUGAAAUUGGGGAUGUUUACAAGGCUUUCAUUAGCUACUAGGCCAUUGGAAUCAAAGUUGGUGUGCAUGUUCAUGACAGUAUUCUGCAGGUCAGGUAUGAAACUCAGCUCAAACCCAUACAUCUGAUUUUGUUCUUUACUCUGCAGCAAUUGUGGAAAUGGGAUAGACUCUUUAAAAAAAAUGUAUCUCAAAUCCUAGAGGGUAGCCGGGAAAUGGCCCCCAGUUUUAAGUGACACUACCUGAUCACCUGAGGUGUUUCUAGACAGAUCCUGCCCCUCGAAGAACUCAUUCCUGUUGUGUUAUUUGCAGAUUGUGGACGUAGAAAGUUGUCCGUGGACCGCAUUGUGGGAGGCCAGGACGCCAGCUUGGGCAAAUGGCCAUGGCAAGUCAGCCUGCGCUAUGAUGGGACGCACCUUUGCGGUGGCUCCAUCAUCUCCAAUGAGUGGGUUAUCACGGCUGCACACUGCUUCCCAGAGUAAGUCCCUGCCAUAUCUGUGUUUGCUAUUGUGAUGGCUCCCAGCUUGGUAAAGUUGCUCCUCUCAGGACUUGCCCUGAUGUUUUAGGGUGUUUACUAGGAUGUGUGAACACAUCUGAAGGUAGCCCUGUUCAGGGAAGUUUCUAAUGGUUGAUGUCUUACUGUGUUCUUAAUAUUUUGUUGGGAGCUGCCCAAAGUGCUUGGGGCAACCCAGUCAAAUGGGUGAUAUAUUAUUAAUAUUAAUAACAACAGAAAACAUGAAAAAUUGAACUGAAUGGCCUCAGUUGGCUUCAGUUUUAAUUUGUUCCAAAACAGACGUGAUUAGAAAUGAACGAAUCAUGGAAUUGAAGAGUAGGAAGGGACUCCAAGAGUCAUCUAGUCCAACCCCCUGCAAUGCAGGAAUCUCAACUAGAUCAUACAUGACAGAUGGCCAUCCAACAUUUGCUUAAAAACUUCCAAUGACCAAGAGGCCACCACCUUCAUAGGGAGUCCAUUCCAUGGCUGAACAGCUUUUAUUGUCAGAAAUUUCUUCCUGGUGUUUAGUCAGAAUCUACUUUCUUGUAACUUGAAUCCAUUGGUUCAGGUCCUAGCCUCCAGAGCAGGACAAAACAAGUUUGCUGCAUCUACCAUGUGGCAGCACUUGAGAUAUUUGAAGAUGGCUUUCAUAUCACUUCUCAGUUUCCUCUUUACCAGGCUAAACAUACCCAACUCCCUCAACCGUUCCUCAUAAGGCUUGGUUUCCAGACCCUUGAUCAUCUUGGUUGCCCUUCUCUGCACCUGUUCCAGCUUGCCGCUAUCCUUAAAUUGUGGCACCCAGAAACUGGAUACAGUCUUCCAGAUGUGGUCUGAGCAAGGUGGAAGAGAGUGAAACUAUUAUUCCCCUUGAUUGGGAUACCAGAAUAGCAUUGCCUUUUUUUUUGCUCCUGCUGCUGCACCACACUGUUGAUUCAUGUUAAGCUUGUGAUCUACUAAGACCCCUAGAUCCUUUUCACAUGUACUAUUGUCAAUCCAGGUGUACAAAUGUGUUUGUUCUGUUGGAGGUUUUCCCAUCGGCAUCUGGUUGGCCUCUGUGAGAACAGGAUGCUGGACUAGAUGGGCAACUGGCCUGAUCCAGCAACCUCUUCUCAUGCAUACCCACCCACAGGCCACCAUCAACCCUGGCAAAUUUUGUAUAGCUGUCCUCCUCCAGUCUCUUUCUGUGUCUUAGGGUGAUAGCUCAGUUGGUAGAGCAUGAGACUCUUAAUCUCAGGGCCAUGGGUUCGAGGCCCCACGUUGGGCAAAAUAUUCCAGCAUUGCAGGGGAUUGGCCUAGAUGGCCCUUGCAUUUCCUUCCACCUCUAUGAUUAAUUUCGAUUUUGAUUUCAACAAGUCUCCCCCAUCUCUCUGCAGGAGGAAUCGAGCACCAAGCAGGUGGCGGGUGUUUGUGGGAGCCAUUUCCCAGCGCUCUGCUAAGGGGCUGCAGGUGGGUGUGACAAGCGUCGUGUACCAUGGUGGCUACCACCCCUUCCUGGAUCCCAACAGCGAGGAGAACAGCAACGACAUCGCCCUGAUGCACUUGGCAACGCCCCUUUCCUUUAACGGUGAGAAUGUGGUGUCAGGAAGGUGGUUUGGGGAAAGAGUUAUUAAGAGCCUGUGGGGCAGGGGUGGGGAAUCUGUGAGCCCUGGUUGUUGGACUCCUCCUCCCCCUGGGCCUCCCCAAAAUCCACCCAGGGAGGAGGGGAGAGGGAAGUUGGGCAGGAAGAAAUGUGCUGAUGGAGCGAUCAUAAUAGCGCAGUGUUGAGAUCCAUCCAUACGAUUCCCAAGCCACGCCGGUUAUGAGGUUGCUAGCAUGAUUAUAUAGCAUGUCACCUGCCUUGCAACCUUAUGAUGAAAGGUAAGGGAGAAAUCCGAGGAAGGAAGGAAUGUACGCUUGCAUGUCCUAUGGGGCUGCGAUGUACCGCAAUGCAGAACUUGCCUUUCAAAGUAAGGUGAAGGUUGUGCCCAAGCUUCAACUUGGGGCAACCACAGCAGAAAAAAGUUAACUCUGCAUUCAAAGCCAGUGUUGGGGUUCAACAUCUAAUGGGUGAUGGGCCUGGGCACCUGCACACUGGCAGUGCCAAGCAGCCAGCUGAGUUUUUUUGGCUUUCAGGAGAGUGGAUGGGUGACAGUAUGAGCAACCACAGCUGUCAGAAGAGGCAACAGCCACCAUCACCUGCUCUCUCUUCUGCAGUAUGUCUGUUUGUGGGAGACUGAUUGUGCCUUCCCCAAACUCCCUUUCCCCCUCUGGAAAAAAAGAGGAAUCAGCCCAGUGCAUAAUAUUCAUGUUUCUGAGUGUGCAUGUGAGAGACAGAAAAGAAAAACCCAUGGAUGUGAGUGACCCAGAAGCUAGGAGGCAGGAUGAAAAAAUUCAUUUGCCUUUCGACAAUACUUUUCUCCCCACAGAAUAUAUCCAGCCCAUCUGCCUGCCAGCUUUGGGCCAGCCUUUGGUGGACGGCAAGAUCUGUAUCGUUACUGGCUGGGGCAACACCCAGUACUAUGGUAAGUACCUCUUGCCACUGCUAAGAUGGCAGCAACUCUUGCAAGCUGUGUUGUGUAUCCUUCCCGCUUCUUAUGCAAGUACAGAAAUGGCUGUGGGCUGCAUCAUUCACCUGAUAACCUCAGAAUUCUGUCGGUUCAUUUUUUUUUAAAAGCUGUGAGACUUCAAGGCAGGUUUAAUUGAUGUGGGCCAUUCCUUAAAAAAAACAACAACCCAGAAGCCAAAGGGAGAACUGAUGUAAGGGCCAAUAAAAGCAGAAUACAAAGCAAGUAGAUGUGGGCUUGCUUGCUUCCCCCCCUCCCGUGUCUUUUAGGUUGCGGAACUUAGCCUGCCAUGAUACAGAAUCCCUGUAAUUUUGACUAUUCCCCAGCUUAUAUGCAGAUGACAUACAGCUUUGGUUAAAAGCGGGUGAGAUGAAAAGUGGUGUUCCAGUUGCAGCCCCUUGCAUCACUCUGAGCUGCCCAUUUUGGCAGCCAUUGCUGCUUCUACUGGGAGUUAAUCCCAUAGUGUUAACAAUGCCCUGUAUUCCAGUACAGAAACUGUUCUUAACCUGAGGUACCACUUUAGCUAAUGGGGCCUCCUGCUGCCGCCACGCCGCCACCACGUGAUUUCUGUUCUCAUCCUGAAGCAAAGUUCUUAACCUGAGGUACUAUUUCUGGGUUAGCAGAGUCUGUAACCUGAAGCGUCUGUAACCUGAGGUACCACUGUACUGUGAGGAAGAGAGAUAAACUUCUCUCUGCCUACGUUCUCCACAUUGACCCCUUUGCACAUUGCACUUCCUUGUGGAAGCAAGCGUCGCUCUGUGGUGGAGCACACUUUCCGUGUGCAGAAGGCCUCGGCUUCAAACCCUGGCAUCUCCAAGGAUCAAGGGAGCAGGCAACAGGAAAGACCUCUGCCAGAGGCACCAGAGACCUGCUGCCAGCCAGAGCUGACUGCACUGGGUCAAUGGACAGAUAAGUCCAACCUGUUUACUAAGCCUGCUUUCCUAUGGCACUCGGUUCUUCCACUUUGUAGGGCAACAGUCUGACGUGCUGCAAGAAGCCAGCGUGCCCAUCAUCAGCACCAGUGUCUGCAACAGCCCCGACUACUAUGGCAGCCAGAUCAGGCCCAGGAUGUUCUGCGCUGGCUUUGCUGCCGGCGGAACAGAUGCCUGCCAGGUAGGUUGUGCUGGGCAGUGGGCAAGGGCAGGGCUGGGGAGGCAAGGGAAUAUAAGUUAUUGAAGGUGGGCGAGGUGUGCUGGACUGCAUUUAGAAAGAGAGAGCAAGGUGUGUGUUUGGCAGAGGUGGAGAACAUUUGGUCAUCCAGAUUUGGCUGGUCUGCAUCAUUCAUCAUCCUUGACCAUAAGCCAUUCUGGCUGGAGCUGACGGGAAUCCUGGGGGGUUGGGGUGGCACAGAUUCCCUCAUCUUUAGUGUUUAGUAGAUUAUUUGCUGAACAGCAAAGCAGAGCAGGAUGCAUGGUGAAUUUGUUCAGACACAAAGUGACCCAGGCAAAAAAUAUCAUGGGGCUUGGGCCAACAACUCACAUUUCUUCCCCACAAGGUUUAAUCCCUUAAAUAAUUUUGGAUGCUUUUUCUAAUGUGUGUGUUUUAUGAGCAAGAGGUAAAGGACAACCAGUUUUGGUCCUGCCAGUUGGCUUCUCUGCCCGCUAGAAUGGAGGGCAAAGGGCUUUUAAACCCCUUCUUCUUCCUGUGAAGAGCAACAGAGGCUCAGUCAGAAUUUCUCCCCUCGUGUGCCCUAGCUGUUGAACUUUGGCCUGCAGGGGACAAAAUGUUUACUAUGGGAAUGUUUUUCUUCUGUUUGAAAAAAACCAAAAACCAUAAUGGCGGCCAUGAGGGUUUCAGAUUAGGAUCAUGGGGUUGUGACAGCGCAUUAAAAUUAGAGAUUAGGUUUAAAAAAUGUAGCACAUGUACAAGUUGAUCAGACCUGCACACAUAGGAAGCAGGAGAUUAUUAUGAUAGUCUAAAUGACUUUAUUGGUUACAAAUGCCUGAUUGGAGCUGGAAUGAGGCAUAUAACAUCCCUGGGGAACAUGAAUGAUGGGGGAAAGGGGCUUACUCUUUCCCUGUGCCAUUUCCCUGCUGAAACUUGUCCCUCCAGAACUUAAUUCUUGCCCUCAAAGGCACCACUGCAGUUCCAACCCACAGCUGUGGGCUUUGAUUGGCCUGUGUUUCUGCUUCAGCACCCUGGCCUUACCUGGUCCACAUUUUUAGUUAGAGUGCUAUACUAUAAUUAUAAUAAGAAUAAUAUUAAGAAUAAUAAAUUAUUUAUAUCCCACCCAUCUGGCUGGGUUUCCCCAGCCACCCUGGGUGGCUCUCAACAUAAUAAUAAUAAUAAUAAUAAUAAUAAGAUAAAACAUCAAACAUUAAAAACUUCCCUAAACAGGGCUGCCUUCAGAUGUCUUCUAAAAGUCAGACAGUAGUUUAUUUCCUUGACAUCUGAUGGGAGGGUGUUCCAUAGGGAGGGCACCACUACCGAGAGGGCUUCCCUAUAACUUCACUUCUCGCAGUGAGGGAACUGCGAGAAGCCCCUCGGAGCUGGACCUCAGUAUCCGGGCUGGAUGAUGGAGAUGGAGGUGGAGAUGCUCCUUCAGGUAUACUGAGCCGAGGCCAUUUUGGGCUUUAAAGAUCAACACCAACUCUUUUGUCUUGUCCUUGGAAACGUACUGGGAGCCAAUGUAGGUCUUUCAGGACCGGUGUUACAUGGUCUUGGCAGCCACUCCCAGUCACCAGUCUUGCCGCUGCAUUCUGGAUUAGUUGCAGUUUCCGGGUCACCUUCAAAGGUAGCCCCACGUAGAGCGCGUUGCAGUAGUCUAAGCGGGAGAUAACCAGAGCCUGGUGGAAUGAGCAAGGGUUGUAACUCCUGCUUUCUUCUGCCUGGCAGGGCGACAGUGGCGGCCCCUUUGUGUGUGAGGAUGGCAUCUCUCGGACUUCCCGCUGGAGGCUCUGUGGCAUUGUGAGCUGGGGCACCGGCUGCGCCCUGGCCAAUAAACCAGGGGUCUACACAAAGGUCAAUGACUUUCAAGGGUGGAUCUAUCGUGCCAUGAAGGUAAAGGGCACCUGGGGCAGUUGGGUGAAUCAGUUGCAGGAAAAGCAACAGGGAGAGGCUUGUGGCACCCUAAAAGUUAAUUCAGCGGUUGGCAGCCUUUGGGGGCUGGUGCUUGUGCAAUGGGAACGGAGGCAAUUGGCUGACAGGCAGUGACUCCAAGCCUCCUUUCUGCAGGGAUCAGUUGCACUAGUGAGUGGGAAGUCAGGUCAUGCAGCCAGUUCAGCAAGAUUGAAGGUGAUGACUUUUGCUAUGCCCAGCCUUAGGCAGGUGUCAGCUGUGAUUUGGUGUUUCUGAUAGGUAUCUUGGCAGCUUAGCCGAUCCCAGAAGGCUGAUCUCAAUCAGCUGACUGCCUCCCUUGCCAUUGCACAAUUGGGGAUGCGCUUUAAGGCUCCUGGUUGUGCCUGGGAAGACCUGUCUACCUGCCAAACAACCAACAUCAUCACCAUCGUAUAUUUAUAUGCCACCUAUUUGACUGGGUUGCCUGUGCCACUCUGAGCAGGAUUGAACAAAUUAUGAAACCAUGGUAAAACAUCAAACAUUAAAAACUUCCCUAUACAGGGCUGCCUUCAGAUAUUUUCUAAAAGUCAGAUAAUUGUUUAUUUCCUUGACAUCUGAUGGGAAGGCGUUCCACAAGGUGCCUGGUUCCCUGUAACUUCAGGGAAGAGCCAGUGUGGUAUAGUGGUUAAGAGUGGUAGACUCGUAAUCUGGUGAACUGGGUUCACGUCUCGGCUCCUCCACCCGCAGCUGCUGGGUGACCUUGGGCUAGUCACACUUCUCUGAAGUCUCUCAGUCCCACUUACCUCACAGAGUGUUUGUUGUGGGGAAGGAAGGGAAAGGAGAAUGUUAGCCGCUUUGAGACUCCUUCAGGUAGCGAUAAAGCAGGAUAUCAAAUCCAAACUCUUCUUCUUGCAAUGAGGGAACUGCUAGAAGGCCCUUGGAGGUGGUUGUCAGUGUCUGGGCUGAAUGAUGGGGGUGGAGAUGCUCCUUCAGGUAUACAGGGCUGAAGCUGUUUAGGGCUUUAAAGGUCAGCACUAACACUUUGAACUGUGCUUGGAAACGUCCUGGGAUGUCACAUAAAAUGUCAAGCGUAGGGCAUGUUGGUGUGGUUUGAGGGGAAAUGGCCUUGUGGGCCAAACCGAAGACCCAGACUGGGCCUGAUUAGGCCAGUUGGGGGUUCCAAACCCCUGUGUUACAACGCCCACUGGUUAACUGGUGUCCAAUGUAAAAGAUCUCAAGUGAGCACAUAACCAGUGCAUUGCUGUAGAAGCGCAAGGGAACACCUCUCCUGUCCUCCCAGCACAUCUGUCUGUCUGAAGGCCCCAGAAAGAUGCACAGCCUGCCUCUCCUUUUGUUUCCCCUCCUACAGACUCACUCCCAUGCCAGUGGAAUGGUGAUCCAGGACUGAAGCCCCGGAAGAGCGAUGCUGAGCCGCCUCCGCCUCGCCAACCUCCCCCCCCCUUCCAGUGUGAGACUGCUGCUUUAAAGAAAAUGGGGGUGGGGGGGCAGAAAUGACAUUUUACAGAGAACAAACAUUGUCCCAUCCGACUGUGUGCUCUGGCAUAGCCUCGUGGAAUAGGGCAGGGGAGCCCUUCUACACUGUGCAGUUCCUCGCUGGCCCUUUAAACAUCUGCCAAUAUGAUGCCUUUGCUUUGCCAGCUUAUCAAAGGGGUGCUUCUGGUUCUUUAAUGGCCCAUCUAGGAGUGAGGGUCGGCCUUGCUUCCCAGGACACCUGCGACUGGCUAAUCUGUGGUUGCUUUGGUGUGGCUCAUUACCCAGAUCACACGAACGUGAGACCCUAUCACUUUAAAGUAUUGAAUUCUGGCAGGUCAAGAAUUUCAAAAGCAAAGGCCCAAUCCUUGGAAGUUUUUCCCAGCUGUGAACAAGGGCAGAAGCUGCAUUUAAAGGGAACCCCCACAGCAACUUCUCACACUACCCCAGGUUACACUCAGGAUGGAUGAAACCAUCAUGAUUUCUGACUUGAAACUGGGGUGUCCUGAUUGUCCUGAUUUCCCAGUUCCGCCCCAGCAGCAGAUCCUGCCUCCCCGCCCCUUGCAACAUGGCGGCCAGCUAUGAGCUUGGCAGCGCGGCUUGAUGAUGUCAUUUCCCAGGAUGCCGCUGGAAGCUGAGACACACACACAGAGACAGAGAGGCGGAGCAUGGGCUUAAAAGGGCUGUGGUGCAGAUUGGAGCCAGCAGCGGUGGGGGAGAGUCUUGAGCUGCUAGCAGGGUGGGGAAGAGCUCGGUGGGAAAAGGAAUGGAGGGCUUGGUGCCCGGGGCUAGGGUCCCGCCCAGUAACUUGCGAGGUGGCAGCAGUGCCUCUGAGCAUGUACAGAAUGCACACAUGCAUAGUUCUACCCCUCCUCCCACUCCCCCCCAGCCAGAAACGCCUUGCAUUCCUCAGAUGAAAAUGCCCUGAUUUCCAUCUGAGGAAUAUCGGAGGGUAUGCCCCAAGCCUUGUUCUGUGGAUCUUUGGCUCUCAGGUGAUUUUGUCAGGUGAUUUCUCUAGGUCAUUGGUCUCCAAAUGGUAGGUUGCACCCUAAGAUGAGAUUGGUUGUGCAAGUGAUACCACCACCAUUUUCGUAUAUUUUUUUAAAAAAUUGUUCAGGGGUUUUAAAGAGCAAAUGUCGUAAGACAGACUUGGAGAGCAUAUGUGUUGUGUUAUACCAUGAAUAACAGAACUUACCACAGGGGGCUCAGAUCUAGAAGGGGAAACAGUUGAACUGACGACAGGAAGUCUUGAGGAGGAGAUACUCCCUUACUGCAGUUUGCUAAGGGCAAAUUUGGAACACAAUAGAAGCAGACCCAUGCAGAGGGGGUAGGGCGUUGGGUUCCCUUGCCCUGGGUCUCAGAGGGAUAAGCCAGCCAGUGCCACCCCCCUCCCCCUGCCAGGGACUGGCUGCUGUUUUGUUUGAGUUGAUGACUCAAGACUUCCGCCCCAGGCCUCAGACAUGGGCCUGAGUAAAAGAGUUUACUUCCACUUACCUGAAGUUUGCAAGCAUUUUUAGGGAAACUGACAGGACCAAUAGAAAGCGGGCCCACGUUUUAUAUGAGGGCAAAAUAUCAGUAUCUGACCCAAAGAGCCUCAUUUGGAGUCCAGGGAGGAUAUUACUGAGGGUUGGAUACCCUCCGCCAGUCUCCCGUUUCCCUUCUGGAUGGGAAGAUGUCAGGAAGGAUUGACCAGCUGUUCUGUGCGUUUUCCAUCUGUCCUUUUAACAAGAUUGAGUACAUUUUGGGGAGGGCUUUAUUAGGGUACUUUUAGCCCUCCAGUACAGACUUAAGAGUUAUGUUUGUAUAUUCCGUUGAGGAUCUGUUGCUGCCCCCACCCUAGCAUUGUCCACAGGUGAAAAUAGCCACCAAUAAUGUUGAAUCUGACGGUUUUCCUCCAUCACACGCACAUUGUAGACUUGGAAAAAAAAAGCCUAGCACAGAUACUAAUCUUCUGGUAUUAAUCUGUUAUUGUCUACAUACAGAAUGGGUGUACUCUAUCUCUGCAUCCCCACGAUAAAAAAAUCUGUUGUAUGCACUGGGAAAUUAAGAACCAGAAACUGCUUCAGUUUCGUAUUAGAAGUUCCAUUAAGGAUUAUUUUGGGUCUGCACACAAGUGAUACACCGGCCUUCCCAAACCUGAUAACCUCCAUAAGCUUUGGACUACAUUUCCCACCAUGCCUGAGCCCAAUGCCCCUGGUGGCUGAUGGGAGUUGUAGUCUAGUCCAAUGCAUCUGCAGAGCACCAGCUUGAGGAAGGCUGUUGGAAUCAAAGGGUAACUUCUCACUUUCUUGACAUUCUGAUGAAUGAACAAGCACCCAGCUGUCCAAAAGCAACUGUACAUCUUUAGCAUAGCCAUGCACACACUCACACUUAUUGAUUUGGUGGUAAUUUGUAAGUUACUGGCUGGGCUGAUCAGAUACAUUUGAUGCCGUGACCAAAAAAGAAGAAGCUGAAAUAAAAACAUGUGGUUCGCCUGUCAUAGAAUCGUAGCAAUGCAGAGUUGGAAGGGACCCCGAGUGUCCCCUAAUUCAAUUCCCUGCAAUGCAGGAAUCCUGCUCACUGCCAUCUCUGGGUAGGCUUGAACCACCAACCUUCUGGUUGACAGCCAGAUGCACUAACCCAUUGUGCCACUGGAGCAUAUGAAUAAGCCCUGCUGGCUCAGGUCAAGGGCCAAUCUCAUCCAGCCUUUCUCUAAUGGUGGCCACACAGCUGCCUGUGGGAAGCCCAUGUGCAAGGCCUGAGGGCAAUGGUGCUCUCUACACUUGUGAUUCUCAGUAGCUGUUAUUCAGAGGCAUGCUGCUGUCCAGCAUUGGAGGAGCACAGCCAUUGUGGCCUUAUCCUCCACAGAGUUGCCUACAUACAGUAAUAACCCAUCUGGGGCCAGGAAGUAUUCCAGAACAGUCCUCUAUUAUGUCUUCUGAUACUGUAAAUAGAUAACUAUGUUGGGUCCCCUCUGUCCUUUGGGACCAUGGAUCAGUUCACUUAGCUUGUAUAUAUUUGUGUAAUUAUGACAAUUACAGUAAAUAAAACCUGUUUUGAUUAUA